AUGAGCAGGGGACCUUCUCGGUCGGCCUGUACUGUAGAACGUGACGGAGUGAUCCUCACCAAGGCGGGAGACAUAGCCGACUACUUCAACUCAUUCUUUACACAGAAGGUGAACUCUCUGAGGGAGGGGUUCGACUCGCAAGCAGAUGGGGACCUUCUCGGGCUGAUAAGGGAUAAGAUCAUGGCGGGAAAAGACUGUAGUUUCCAGUUCAAACCUGUACACCACGAACAAAUCCGCAAACACCUUUUGUCCUUGUCGGAUGGGAAAGCUACUGGUCUAGACCAAGUUGACAACAACCUGUUAAAGUUAGCUGCCGACCAUAUUGCAAGACCACUGUGCUACAUUAUAAACUUAUCGCUUACUACCUCUGUUUAUCCGACGGCAUGGAAAAGAGCCAAGGUUGUUCCCUUACCCAAGUCGGCAACGGCUCGUUUAAGCGGACCGAACAGCAGGCCAAUUAGUCUCCUGCCUGCCUUUAGUAAAGUAAUGGAGAAAGUUGUCAGUUCUCAAAUAUCGGACUAUUUUCAAGGGAACGCCCUGAUGUCACCUUACCAGCACGCCUACAGGAAGCAUCACUCCACUGGGACUGCACUCUUGCAACUAGUUGAUGACUGGUACUGUAAAAUCGACCAGGGGAACAUCGUCGGGGUCAUCUUUCUGGAUUUCUCCGCUGCUUUUGACUUGACCGUUCACAAGUUGGACCUUUUAAUAGAUGAACCAACAGAAACCACCGUCACACCGAGUACGGCAGAAGAGAAAGAAGGAGACCCUCUCACUCUCACAUGUACGGCUGACGGGAAACCUGAACCAACCUUUACAUGGAGCAAGGACCCAGGAACUAUCCCAGCAGGCAUUGCCAACAACAACGCUAUACAGAUCACAAGUCUCCACAGAAAUGAUGCAGGCACAUACACCUGUACAGCUGACAACGGCAUAGGACAAUCUGACUCAGCUACAAGCACUGUGGAUGUGCUGUAUCUGGACACACCAACCCUGAACCAAACCUCACCAGUGACCUUGUUAGAAGGAGAUUCUGUCAGCAUCAUGUGCUCAGCUGUUGCCAACCCUACUGCUGGCUACAAGUGGACCAAACGGAACAGUUCAUACCAAUGGAACAAUGAUGCCUUGACCUUCUCUCAAGCAAACCGCAGCAAUGCUGGAACCUACAACUGUGAAGCCUCCAACAUUCAAAAGGGCACAACUGAGACUAAAACUGUAACACUGGAGAUCAUCGUCAAUUAUCCCCCAGAGCUGACAGUAGAGGCUACUCCCGACCCCGUGAACGAGACCCAGUCCGUCAGCCUGACCUGUACAGCAGAUAGUUACCCUGACGUCACUUCCAUGAUGUGGAUGUUUGUGGACACAGGAGAAACUCUUCUGCAGCAGGGAAGAGGAAACUCCAUCAUCUACACCAACAGUUCUGUCAGCCAUGAAAAUGCAGGUGUCUACAGGUGUACAGCUGACAAUGGUGUUGCUGGGUCACCUGUGAGUGAGGAUAUCACUCUUAAUGUCAACUUUGUCCCCAUCUUUAACCACACCAGAGACAGGUACGCUGUAGGCAGGUCUGAGCCCGUCACACUGGAGUGUUCUGCCUUUGCCUACCCGCCAGAUAUAGUCUACAUUUGGAGGAAGGGUGGAUAUGACAUCACUGGUAAUGCCACCAGCCAGGCUGGAGUCAGUACAAUCUACAUAGCGAGUGUGCAGAGGGAGAACUUGGGGGACUAUACUUGUAGUGCCAGGAAUGGGCAUGGACAACGGUCAACAGUUAUUCAACUCGUGACUGAAACCGAACCAGAACCUUCCACCAACCUCGAUUACAUCAAUAAGACAGCUGAAGGCAAUGUCACCCUGACGUGGACAGCGGAGUUUAACGGUGGACUGCAGACAAAUCACACUGUACAGUACAGGCUGGAUACAGACAGUGAUACAGACUGGGUCACUGAUAACAGUACAGAAGUCACCGAGGAAGCUUCAGAGAACAAACCUGAGUUCACCCAGACCGUGCAAAUCUCCAAGAAGGGACAGUACAAAAUCCGCAUCCAAGCAGGGAACAAGAAUGGGACUGUGUACUCUAAUGUCAUCCAGGUCCUGAUAGAAGAUAAUCAGAUCCUGUAUGGAACCCUCGCCAUCACAAGUGUUAACUAUACCAAGGGGAUUUGUGAUGGAGAGCUUUCUACCAGGAUAGUAUCACAUCUGAAAGCCAUAUUUGAGCAAUACAAAGGCUAUGAAGGAGCAAAGGUAACAGGUUGCAGGUGGGUCAUUUCACUAAAGGAUAGUGUUGUGAUUUUAAGUUUCCAGGUUUAUAGAAGCUCACAAAGGUCUGAAUAUCCAAUUUUUAUUGCUAGGUCUGGCAGCGUCCUUGCUGAUUUUGAGGCUACAGUGGCCCAGUCAGAGUCAGCUGAAGCCCUGACUACAUUCAAAGAGAACCUGUCAGCUGGCGAGUUCACAGUGGAUCCUGAGAAGAGCAAGAUCAGUGAUGUCAAACCUGCAGCAGGUGGAGACAACACCACUGUCAUUGCCAUAGCAGCAGCAGCGUGUGCGGUUGUCUUCUUUGCUAUCAUUGGUGUUGGCGUGUUUGUUUUCAGGAGAAGGAAAUCAGCUAAUGACAAGAAAGAUGUAGAGCUGAAGGAGAGGAAGCCCAAACCCAUGGGUAUUGCUCGACCCUACAUCCAAGUCCCCGAUUCCCCCACCAACCCAGCCCCUCCGACUAGUCUGGAAGAUGAUUUCGAGGGUCCGUAUGCAACCUCUGGUUCUGUUCCAAUGUCUGGUUCGAACCCUUAUGACGAUGUGCACUUUGAGCGGGACGACAAGACAGGAUCCGUUGCCGGGGCAACAGCAGGACCUCUAGAUCCCUCAGCAGAGUAUGCUACUGUCAACAAGAACAAAGACCCAAACCCAAGCACAGUGUAUGCUCAAGUCAACAAGGAUAAAAAGAAGAAAGAAAAAGACAAGCCCACGUUGGCGGUUGAUCCAAGCUCACAAUAUGCCACAGUCGACAUGUCCAAGAAGAAAAAGAAAGACAUGCCCCCACCCCCUGAAGAUCCCAGUGCUCAGUACUCAGAAGUCAAGAAGGGCAAGAAGAAGGAUAAGAAAGCAUCACCAGAGGUCAUCUACACAGAAGUGACAAAAGACAAGAAGGACAAGAAAGAUAAGAAAGAUAAGAAGAAACCCACACCAGCCAAGAAACCUGCCGUAGCUAAGAAACCUGUGCAGAGUGAGGAGAGACUUUACGAUGAUGUACCAGGAGGUGCUGCAGCUGCACCUGCUGAUGAUGAGAAUCCAUAUGAGAACCCUCAGGAGUCGAUGCCAGAGAAGAAGAAGAAUCCACAGGGGCUAAUUUAUGCCGAGCUCAGCGACUUCCAGGUGAAACCACCGCCCAAGAAGCCCCCCAAGCCUGUACCGCCCAAACCUCGGUACGAGGACGAACCGACAGAGUACGCCUCGAUAAACUGGAACGCUUCGAGAAGGCGGGCUCAGGAACAGUCUCAGAGUGGGAGUACGACGGACGAUGAAACUCCGGUCACCAUGAUAUAAUAACUUCUUCCCCAGGGCCAACGCACAGACUG